AUGAGCCCUGGUGUGGAACCAAACAGUAAAAGGAUGUUGCUUACCCAAGUUUCGCAGAAGGAUUAUGAAGAUCUCUGCAGGUUGGAUGUGCUGGGCCUAGCAGACACUGCUGAACACGACCAAUCAAUGGUGUAUAACGAAUUCAAAGAGCAAUUAACGCGAUCACCGGAGGGCUGGUACGAGACCGGUCUUCCAUGGCGUGGAAAUCAUCCACCUCUCCCAUCAAACAAAACAGGAAGCAUCAGAAGGUUGGAAUCUUUAGAGCGACGAUUACAGCGAAAGAAAUUAACUGAAGAUUACAACGCAGUAAUCCAAGACCAAAAGCACGAUGGCAUAGUUGAAUCAGCAACUAACGUAGCAAAAGGUAAUGAAUUCUACAUACCUCACAAAGAAGUCGUACGCGAGUCAGCGCAGUCCACUAAACUGAGAGUGGUGUACGAUGCAUCAGCAAAAGCUUCACCAGAAAGUCCUUCUUUAAACGAAUGCCUGUACGCGGGACCUUCGCUAAAUAACAAGCUGUGGGAAGUGCUG